CUUAAUUGUUUUUAGGGCUACAAAUCCUGUGUGAACACUUUCAUUUUUGUUUCAGACUAAACAAAUCUAUAGAACUGAACUGCACCCUUAAAGCACAAUUUUCGUCUAUUGCAAAAUAUUGCCACCAUUUGCUGGAUAAUUACAAUAGUAUGCCUAAUUCAAAUUGAUCUAAUUUCUUUGCAGAUGUGUUUUUCUCUCUAUGCUUUGCACUGAUGGUGGCCAGUCUUCUGGAGACCAUUUUUAUCAUAAAUAUUCUGUGUGGCUCCGUUAACUAUGGACCAUUGCCCCGAUGGGUCAAGGUGCUCUUCCUCAACUACCUUGCCAAAGUAGUUUUCUUAAGCAAAAAACCCAGUGAGGAAAAAUGUAAUACUGAAGAGCUCAGAUCCGAACCCAGACCAUGUUACUCGGUGGCUGAAACCCUUCAAGGCGAAGAUCUCCUCAAGACCUCUCCCGCUCUUCAAGAACUAAGGAGGAUUAGAAACGAGUUACUGUCCAUCCGCCAGCAGGUCGAUAAACAUUUGAAAGCUGAUGAGAUCGUGGACGAGUGGGAACUGCUGGGUCAAGUCAUUGACCGCCUCCUCUUCAGCUUCUAUGUUGUCUUUCUCUCAGUCAGUUUCUUCACCAUUGUAGUCUACUGGAUUCACUGGUACCAAAAAACUGCAUCCUUGAUAUAAACAAACAUUUACAUGCAAAUUAGCGCCGGUGAGUGUUCAGGAAAAGAAAUAGCCUGUAAUAUUGAAGAUUUAAUGUAAUAGUGAUUCAUUAGGGAACAUUUUGUGGUGUUAUAUUAUACUGUAUAUGAUGAUGCCAUUUUACAUAAAUGUAUCUUAUUUAGAGA